GGCUCCUCCUCCUAUGAACCCAUGCUUUGCACCGCCCCCUACAGCUAAAGUGUCUUAGCUUGACUCGUACCCUGUAAGAAUCCUCGAAUUCGAAACUUUCCGGAAUACAUUUCACCAUGACAUUUCUAUGCAGUAUCGCUGCCCGACGAGUGAAAAUAAUUCGUCCAGACGGUGGAGCAUUUGGGUUUAUGUGGCGAGGAGGUGUGCAAGGCCUAGUGUCCGGUGACGUUCGGCUACCAGUUUGUUACAAUCGCACACACUCUCGCGGUCAACAUACAGAGGCGACACCUUCAGCAGAAGUGGACGUGAAGCGGUUAGAUGGGGAAGACACGGGUAUUGUGGAGGUGGUCAUGCGUCGACAUAAGGCGAGAAAUGCCCUGGGUCACGUGUUCAUAUCACAGAUGCGUGAGAUCAUAACCUCGCUGUCCUGCGACACGGCCUCGCGGGUGGUGAUCUUCAGGAGCAUGGUCCCAGGGGUCUUCUGCGCAGGUGCUGAUCUCAAAGAAAGGGCUGCUAUGAACAACAUAUCAGCCGAUUCGUUUGUCCACAGACUGCGAACGCUCAUGACUGAUAUUGCAUCGAUGCCCAUGCCCACCAUCGCGGCGAUGGAUGGAGCCGCCCUGGGUGGAGGGCUUGAGCUGGCCCUGGCCUGUGACCUCCGCACAGCCGCAUAUUCUGCCCAGAUGGGUCUGAUUGAGACGACAAGGGGGCUGCUCCCAGGGGCUGGGGGCAGUCAGCGCCUCCCCAGGUUGGUGGGAAUCUCUCUGGCCAAAGAACUCAUCUUCACAGGUCGACGUGUGGGGGGGCAGGCCGCGCUGGGCUUGGGCCUGGUCAAUCAGGCUACAGAACAGAACCAGACGGGUGACGCCGCCUACACAGAGGCACUCGUCCUGGCUCGGGAAAUACUGCCCCAGGCUCCUGUUGCCAUCCGUUUGGCAAAAGAGGCUAUGGACAGAGGCAUUGAGGUGGAAAUGACCAAGGCCAUGGCGAUAGAGAGGUUGUGUUACUCAAUGGUCAUCCCUACCCGUGACCGACAGGAAGGAAUGGCUGCCUUCCUAGAGAAGAGAAAACCUAACUAUACUGGAGAAUAACAGAAUAAUGUUGAAGAGACAAUUCAACUAUAUUGGAGAAUAACGAUGUUGAAGACACCACGAUAUAGAAUAACAAAUGAUGUUUUUUAGAUUAUAUCAAUGGUGUAGAAAAUAAAAAGGCUGCUUUGAGUCCAGGAUAUGUUAUUGGGCAGAGAAAUUUAUGUAUCAAACAAUAACACUUAAAGUAGGCCAUACAUGUGAUGCAUCAAAUUGUUAUGCAAUUAUUUUCAUUAAAAGAAGGCUUUGAGCUCAA